GCCGGUUUUAUUUAUUUUUUAGCUGCAGCUGCAGACUCGGAUCUGGGAAAAUUUUUACGAAAUUGUUUAAUUGCUCUUUGCUGUGUCUUUAUUUAAUUACGCAAUUUAUAUUUCAAUUUCAUACAAAAUUGAGACAUCAAUAAUUUAAGACAAUGGCAGAUGAAAAAAACAUCGAAGAGCGAUUAUUCAAAUUGCAAGAUUCUGUAGUUGUUCCCGACCCAAUCGUGGAUUACUCGCGUUACAAUUCAGCAAAUACUCCAAUUGUAAUCGACAAUGGCAGCUAUCAAUGCCGUGUUGGUUGGGCCGCCGAAUCCAGUCCAGAGCCAGCCAUGAUCUUCAAGAAUCUUAUUGCAAAGCCACGAAAAGAGAGAGGCAAAAAGGAAGGAGAGCUACAAGUUGGAAAUAGUAUCACGAACAUAGAAGCAGUUCGAUUUCAGCUAAGAACACAGUUUGACAGGGAUGUUGUCACACACCUUGAAGCCCAGGAACAGGUGUUCGAUCAUAUUUUCAGCAAUCUCGGCAUUGACACAGAGGGUUGUGUUAACCACCCAAUCAUCUUAACAGAGAGCUUCUUGAACCCAAACUACUCCAGAAACUUGAUGUCCGAGCUCCUCUUUGAGUGUUACGGAACUCCGAGUGUGGUGUACGGCGUCGACGGCCUCUUCAGUUGGAUUAAUGACACGCCCCAGGUGGCUUCCAAAGACUCGCUGGUUCUGCGUCUUGGCCAGCACUGCACACACGUCAUUCCUAUUUUGAAUGGUUCUGUGGUGUCAGAGCACGCCAGGAGAAUCAACGUCGGAGGCAUUCACAUCACUGGCUUCUUCCACAGGCUCAUGCAACUCAAGAACCCUUUAUUGGCACCAGCCAUAAGUUUGAGCAGGGCCGAGGAGCUCUUAUUUCAACACUGCCGUGUGUCUAAUGAUUUUUUCUCUGAACUUUUGCAAUGGGAAUCAAUUGAAUACCAGAAGAAAAAUAUGGUGGUGGUGCAGUUGCCGUUCACAGCCGCACCAACCCCGUCAACUUCUUCAUUGUUAAGUCUUGAGCAGCAGCAACAGAGGCGAAGGGAACUUGCCAAACGUCUUGGUGAAAUCAACGCCAAGAAGCGAGAAGAGAGGUUGGCAGAGGACGAGGAGAGUUUGAGCCGCAUGUUGAGUGUUCAAGAAAUGAUGGACGAUGGAGAUGACGAUGACAUUCAACAAGCAUUGGAAGAGUUUGACGUGAGCAACCGCCAAGAAUUUAACAAGGCGAUUAGCAAUUUGAAAGCUCGCAUCAGAAAAACCAAGAGCAAAAUUCUGGCAGCGUUGAACGCGUCUUUGGAUGAAACUCCAGAAAUUGCCACCACAAAGAACGAAGUAAAAAUUUCCAAAUUAUUGCAAGAGUUGCCAAUGCCAAAUGACGAGCAAGAUAUGGAGAAGUGGAUUUCCGAGUUGAAGCAGAAAAGACAAACCCUUUUGGAGAAGAGAAAUGCUCGUAAACAAAAGAAGCAGGACAUGGCUAAGAGGAGAACUGCAGCGGCGCAAGAAAGGAUGCGGAUAAUAAGUCAGCUUGCCAAAAAGGACAAACGAGAGGACACGUUUGGCAUGAAGGACGAAGAUUGGGAUGUCUACAAAGCCAUUCAAAAGGAUGGAGGCGAUUCCGAUAGUGAAGAGGAGAGCGAGCGUCUAGCUGAACUGGAAGAAAUUCUUGGCCGAUACGCACCAGAGGUGAAUAAGGCACAGGAACAGAAGUUGAUGCCGCUGUUCACCUGCAUACCUGAGAAAUACCAGUUUGCCCUUGGAACUGAAUUGAUUAGAGUUCCAGAGCUACUAUUUCAGCCUUCGAUGAUUGGGCAUGAGCAAGGAGGAUUGUCCGAGACCAUCGAGUAUGUGCUCAAGAAAUUUGAUGCUGAUGAACAGCAUAGACUGGUGCAGGAUAUCUACAUCACAGGUGGUUCGUCCAGAUUUCCUGGUUUACUUUCAAGAUUGAAUCAAGAAGUCAUGGAAAUGCGACCCUUCCAGUCUUCCUUCAACAUCAGACAAUCUAGUUGCCCGUCGCUCAGUGCCUGGUAUGGAGCAAGGCAGUUGGGUUUAGAUAGAGACUGGUUAAUGAACUCGAGUAUUACUAAAAACAUGUACGACGAAAUGGGAGGAGAAUACCUUGCGUCCCACAUUGCGUCGAAUCCAAGUUGGCACAAUGUGCCGAUGCAAGUGGACAGCCAGCCGGGUGUUGUGGAGCAAAUGAAUUAAAUCACUUAUUUCAGUAUAAAUGUAUGGAUUU